GUUAGCAGAUAGUCUUACUAGAUCGCUGAGCAAAUGAAGAGAAUGUUUUGUAUAUUUAUUUUGUUCUGCUUGUGUUCUCUAAUAGGUGUGUUUGGUGAUUCAGUCUCAGUGAUGGAAGGAGAUUCUGUCUCUCUGAACUCUAGUGUUACCAAACUACCUGAAGAUGAUAAUGAUGACAUUCUGUGGAAAUACGGAGCUAAUAAGUCUCUGAUAGCUGAAAUGAGGGGAGAUGCUGGGAUCUUCUCUAUUAAACAUGAUGUUCUGGAUGGGAGAUUCAGAGACAGACUGAAGCUGGACAAUCAAACCGGAUCUCUGACCAUCAUGAACAUCACAAUCAAACAUGCUGGAGAUUAUGAAGUGCAGAUUCGUGGAGCAGAACUGAGAUCAAAAACAUUCAGCGUUUCUGUCUAUGCUCGUCUGCCUGUUCCUGUCCUCAACUCUUCUCAAUGUUCAUCAUCCCAGUAUAACUGUUCAGUGUUGUGUUCAGUGGUGAAUGUGAGCGCUGUGAGUCUCUCCUGGCACAAAGGAAACAGUUUAUUGUCCAGCAUCAGUGUGUCUGAUCAGAUCAGGAGCCUUUCCUUAGAUGUGGAAUAUCAAGACAAAAACACAUACAGUUGUGUGGCGAACAACACCAUUAGCAACCAGACCACACAACUCAACAUCACUCAACUCUGUCAACCAUGUAACACACCAUCAGGACUGCGCUUACCUUUAUUGCACAUACUGCUGAUAUCCACUGCGGCUGGAUUACUGUUAACUGCUGUCGUAGUUCGUCUGAACUGCAUCUGCAAGAAACGUCAAAAAAGAGUUAAUGCACCCCAGUUGUAUGUGGAAUAUAACACAGAUUCGCCGCAGUGCAAAAAAACAACACGGAAAACGAAAUCAAAGAUGGAGGCUGUUUAUGAAAAUGUCCCUAAAAAACGAUGACCAUAUUGAUUACAGGAACUGCUGUUAGCUCUGGAC